AUGCCCUCCACGCACCUCAAACGACAAUCCCUCAUGUUUCCUUCUUCUCAGACUGGUCAGCCCAUGGAGCAGCUGUCGCUGGUGCCCAACCUGAAUCUACGGCGGCUGAUCAAGGACCUCCUAGCGGAAGGGGGAGAGGGUCUCUACGUGUACCGGGUGGAAAGCGAUGAAGAAGGCGAUGGCCCUGGGGGGAGCAGCCGAGCGCAAGGAGGAGGAGGGAGGCGGGAGAGGGGUAGGGAGAAGGAGGGCGACCGGGAGUACCGCUUCGCGCUCGUGACGGAGCAGAUUCUCGUUCUCAAGUGCUUGGGCCCUACGGACUCGGACUGGAACGACAAGUCCUUUCGCGUAACCGAGCGCGGCUGUGUCGGUGGACGCAAGCAGCCGGCCAUGCUCGAUGGGGCGGACUUCAUGCAGUUCUCGGAUGCCACCGUCAGCAGGCGCCACUUCGGCAUCAUCUUCGACAAAGAGGAAAAGCAGUUCUCGCUGUGCGACUUCGGGAGUGCAGGCGGGACGUUCGUUCGCCUUGCGUCAGGCGUGCCCACUCCGCUUUAUCCCAGCAUGAUGAUUAUGCUCGGGAAGCACCAGCUGGAGAUUACAAACGCGUGCCCUGAGGACGUUGAUGUAAAGGCGGUCGAUGCCGAUGGUGCGUCCAUCGCAGCGGAAGACAAGGGCGGCGACAACGCAUCGCGUUCGAGACCGUCGAGACCAGGCGACAUUGCUUCGGCGGCGGCGCGUAGCAGGGGCACAGCGGCCGCCGCCGCCGCCGCCGCCGCCGCCGGCGUGGCCGGGACCGCGGCGGGCGUCAAAGAAGGCGCCACGACCGACCAGGAGGAAAGCGGUGGCAGGGGCGGGCAGCGAGAGCGGGCGCGCCCCACAAGCGCGCAGUCGGCCAAGUCGUCGUCGUCGAAGGUGGAGGAGGAGCUGUCGGUGCUUCGGAUCGGGGGGACGGGAACGGGGGCGGAAGGAGUCUCGUCUGCGGGGGAUGGCCCCGCUGGCGGGUUGCUCCUGGACAGCAUGGAGCACAGGGUAAGGCAGGAUAGCAGCCGGUCGCCGCUGCCGCACGAAAACGCCGCUGGCGGGGAGGACGAUGCGAGCGUUUUGGACACCCCCCUGCAGGAUAAGGUGCUGCUGUUCUGCGGGUCGGGAAGCCGUUUCUUCGUGGGUAGAGAAGGGGCCACCCUCGGGCGGCGGCAGACCAACACCAUCGCCUUCUCCCACGAGUCUGGCGGGACCGUGAUGGGGAUAGACGCCUCCAUAUCGGGGGAGCACGCGAGGAUCGUGUACGACGAGGAAGGCGACUUCUUGCACAUCAUGGACGGCACCCCUACCAAGCCGUCUACGAACGGGACCUGGUUCCGGCUGAGCGGGAUGCACACGGAGAGCAGGCCGUAUCCCCUGUCCAACGGCGCCGAGAUCCUGAUCGGGACGGUGAGGAUCGGGGAAGGGGGGAACCGACAGCGUGAACCUCUAAAAUGGUAG